GUCAACAUCAUUCAGUUGAUCAAAGAGUCGACGAGCUGAGCUCAGAGGCUCCCAGUGGUCAGUUUACCCAAGAGCAUCAAGCAGACCUGGCCACUAUAUUUAUGGUGCUUGAGGAGGACAUCAUCACUUUUGUGAAGAAUGAGCUUAAAAACUUCAAGAGGUCUCUGAGUCGAGAUUACCCAGAAUACUUCGAAAGGCAGAUGGAAGAUGAGUUUGUGGAUACUGAGGAAGCAGAACAAAGGAGGAGUGACAGAAGAUCACAUUUUCUGCAGAUCACACUACACUUCCUGAGGAGAAGGAGUCACGAGGAUCUGGCUGACCGUCUGCAGAGCAAAACUCUUGCUGCAGCGUGCCAACGUAAACUCAGAUGUAGCCUGAGGGAGAAGUUUGAGUGUGUGUUUGAGGGGAUUGCUAAAGCAGGAAACCCAACACUUCUGAAUCAGAUCUACACAGAGCUGUACAUCACAGAGGGAGGGAGUGGAGAGCUCAAUGAGGAACAUGAGGUCAGACAGAUUGAAACAGCAUCCAGGAAACCAGUGAGACCAGAAACAACAAUCAAAUGUGAAGACAUCUUUAAACCCUCACCUGGAAGAGAUCAACCAAUCAGAAUAGUGAUAACAAAGGGAGUGGCUGGCAUUGGGAAAACAGUCUUAACACAGAAGUUCACUCUGGACUGGGCUGAACACAAAGCCAAUAAGCACAUAGAGUUCACAUUUCCCUUCACUUUCAGAGAGCUGAAUCUGCUGAAAGGGAAAAAGUUCAGCUUAUUGGAACUUCUUCAUCACUUCUUUACUGAGACCAGAGAAGCAGGAAUCAGCAGGUUUGAGCAGUUCCAGGUUGUGUUGAUCUUUGACGGUCUGGAUGAGUGUCGACUUCCUCUGAACUUCAAGGACAACCAGAUCCUGACUGAUGUUACAGAGUCCACCUCAGUGGACAUUCUUCUGACAAACCUCAUCAAGGGGAACCUGCUUCCCUCUGCUCGUCUCUGGAUAACCACACGACCUGCAGCAGCCAAUCAGAUCCCUCCUGAGUGUGUUGGCAUGGUAACAGAGGUGAGGGGCUUCACUGACCCACAGAAAGAGGAAUACUUCAGGAAGAGAUUCAGAGAUGAGAGGCAGACCAGCAGAAUCAUCUCCCACAUCAAGAAGUCACGAAGCCUCCACAUCAUGUGCCACAUCCCAGUCUUCUGCUGGAUCACUGCUACAGUCCUGGAGGACAUGUUGAAAACCAGUGAGGGAGGAGACCUGCCCAAGACCCUGACUGAGAUGUACAUCCACUUCCUAGUGGUUCAGUCCAAAGUGCAGAACGUCAAGUAUCAUGAGAAACAUGAGACAGAUCCAGUCUGGACUACAAAGACCAGGAAGAUGAUCCUGUCUCUGGGAAAACUGGCUUUUAAGCAGCUGGAGAAAGGCAACCUGAUCUUCUAUGAAACAGACCUGGCAGAGUGUGGCACUGAUAUCAAAGCAGCCUCAGUGUACUCAGGAGUGUUCACACAGAUCUUUAAAGAAGAGCAUGGACUUUACCAGGAGAAGGUUUUCUGCUUUGUCCAUCUGAGCAUUCAGGAGUUUCUGGCUGCUGUUCAUGUCUUUCAGACCUUUAUCGACUCUGGUGUCAAUCUGCUGUCAGAAGCACAUUCAAUCCCCUCGUGGUCCACAAUAAUUAACAUCAAAUCUAAACUGAAACAUCUGUAUCAGGGUUCUGUGGACAAGGCCUUACAGAGUCCAAAAGGACACCUGGACUUGUUCCUACGCUUCCUCCUGGGUCUUUCACUGCAGACCAAUCAGACUCUCCUUCGAGGCCUGAUAACACAGACAGGAAGUAGCCCAAAGACCAAUCAGGAAACAGUGCAAUACAUCAAGGAGAAGAUCAGGGAGAAUUGCUCUCCAGAGAGAAGCAUCAACCUGUUCCACUGUCUGAAUGAGCUGGGCGACCAUUCUCUGGUGAUGGAGAUCCAACAGUACCUGAGUUCAGGACGUCUCUCCACAAUUAAACUCUCUCCUGCUCAGUGGUCAGCUCUGGUCUUCAUCUUACUGACAUCAGGACAGGAUAUGGAUGAGUUUGACCUGAAGAAAUACUCUGGUUCAGAGGAGGCACUUCUGAGGCUGCUGCCAGUGAUCAAAGCCUCCAGAAAAUCUUUGCUCAGUGGGUGUGUUCUGUCAGAUAGAAGCUGUGAAGCUCUUGCCUCAGUUCUCAGCUCCCCGUCCUCCAGUCUGAGAGAGCUGGACCUGAGUGACAACGAUCUGCAGGAUUCAGGAGUGAAGCAUCUCUCUGCUGGACUGCAGAGUUCAAACUGCAGACUGGAGGCUCUCAGGCUGUCUGGUUGUCUGAUCACACAAGAAGGCUGUGCUUCUCUGGCCUCAGCUCUGAGCUCCAACCCCUCCCAUCUGAGAGAGCUGGACCUGAGCUACAACCAUCCAGGAGACUUAGGAAUGAAGCUGCUCUCUGAUGGUCUGGAGGAUCCAACCUGGAGACUGAAGACUCUCAGGGUGGACCAUGGUGGAGUCCAGAUGUUGAAACCAGGUCUGAAGAAGUAUUCCUGUGAGCUCAAACUGGACACAAACACAGCACACAGACGCCUGGUCCUGUCUGAGGACAACAGGAAGGUGACAGCUGUGAGAGAGGACCAGCCUUAUCCUGAUCACCCAGACAGAUUUGAGAACUGGGAGCAGGUGCUGUGUGCUGAAGGUCUGACUGAUCGCUGGUACUGGGAGGUCGAGUGGGAGGGAGAGGUUUGCAUUGGAGUGUCUCAUAAAGGAAUCAAGCGGAGAGGAGACGGUGAUGACGGCUGUCUUGGAGAAGAUGACAAGUCUUGGAUUCUGUGCUGCUCUGAUAAAAAUUUUACAGCCAGGCACCAUAAGACAUCAACAUGCAUACCUCUCAGCCCGACCUCUAAGAGAGUGGCAGUGUAUCUGGACUGGCCGGCUGGCUCUCUGUCCUUCUACAGCGUCUCCUCUGACACACUGACCCACCUCCACACCUUUACCUCUACCCUCACUGAACCUCUGUACCCUGUGUUUGGAUUUGGAUUUAGGAUCAGUUCUGUGGUUCGGGUGUCGUUUGGUUCCUCGGUGUCUCUGUGUCGCAUGGAGGAGUGAGAGUCUGCCUCCUGUGUGGGGAAAGACUCUCCUUUCUGAUCAAA